AUGGCACCGACGCAGCUCAGCAUUGUGCUGGAGCGCCUGCUCAACGAACUCAGGAUAGCCGACUUCAGUACGUACGAGGCCAUGCUCAAGCACGAUACAGGCGCAGUGCUCGACGCGAUCCAAAUCACCCCUGCAGCCGCAGAGGCUGGUGCGGCGGUUUAUGCCAGCUCGGCCACGAGCAAUGAGUUGGAAGAGAAGUUGCGGUCACAGACCAAGGAGCUCGCUUCUGAGAAGCGCUCUGCGAGCGCUGUGAAGAAGGCGCUCGCGUCGGCGCGGGUUGAGCUUGCUGCGGCACAAGAGCUUAGGCGUUCCGACCGCGACAACCUGAGGACAGCGCAGCAGGCUACUAAACGCGACAUCAAAGCGGCCGAGCGGAUGGCUGACGAGGCAAAAAACGCAGCUCGAGCUGAGUGUGAGUGGCGUAUCGGCGAGAUGCGGGCCAAGAUGCAGGCCGAGCUGCGCGAGCAGCUCGACGCGCUGCAGAUUUCGAUGGAGGCAGAGGCGAGGCGCGCUGAUGCCGCAAAGGCGGAGAGGUCAAGGCUGUACGACAAGAUGGAGGGGAUUAUAUGCGCACGCGAGAGAGGUUGA